AUGGCUCUGAAUUAUGCGAUGCUCAGCCCCUCUCGGUCGCCCAUCCCUCUGCCGCAUGAGCUCACCAUUCGAACGGUCGACAGUGGUGUAGAGCUCAGUCUCACCGUCCCAGAUGCGCCACCAUCGCGUUCAGCGGACUCAGGAGGCUCAGGCGGCGCAAAGAAGCUGAAGGAUGUCGGCCGGCUGUGGCUCACCGACCAGCGCCUCAUCUUCGUGUCCGAUGGCACGAGCAAGUCAUCGCCCUUGGAAUCGCUCUCUGUUUCCCUCACAUCGCUCCUGACGACCAGGUUCGAACAGCCAAUAUUUGGCUCGAACAGUCUCCUCGUAGACAUCAAGCCGGCCCCCGAGGGCGGGUUGACAGAUGGGACGAAGGCCGAGAUCCGCUUCAAGGACAAGGGGUUGUUCGAGUUCGUAGGCGUGUUGGAGAAGACACGAGAGCGAGCAGUAUACAUGAAGCGUCAGAUGGCAGAUGAGCAUGAUUCACUGCCGACUUACACGCCUGCAGAAGCAGGUCCAUCCUAUUCUGCGGGUGUUCCCGACGACGCACCACCGGGGUACGAUGCGUAG